GCAGGAAGAUGGGGAAGAAUAUUCAACUAUGGUUAUAUGUCAUGGAAUUAAUUACUAUGGUUGCUUUUAUAUUCCUGUUAAUAGCUGAUGGACGAAGAUUGACAGAAACGCCAAUCGUCCAAUUGGAUAUACAAACUGAACAAUAUGCUAUGUUGCUUCAGGCGACAAUGAGCAAUGGCAUUGCAAAUGUUACUUUAUCUAUACCAGACGGUCUCAUUACGAGCAUAUCAUAUUGUGGAAUCAACAACUUACUCGCGACCCAAAAUGUCGAAAAAGAUAGAGGGUAUUGGGAUGUUUUUUGGAAUCAUACAACAUCUCGAAGAGCUCGAAAAAAGUUUUUGGAAAAUAGUUUCGAGAUCAUAAUGGACAACGAAAACCAGGCAGAAAUUUCAUUUAAAAGUACAUGGAAUACUUCCCAAUCUGAUGAACUUCCAUUGAACAGCGAUAUAAGGUUUGUGAUGCUACGAGACACACCUGGAUUUUAUACGUAUGCUAUAUUUGAACGUCUGGAAGGAUGGCCCCUUGUAGAUAUCGAAAAUCUAAGAGUUGUCUUCAAGCUUCAACACGACAUGUUUCAUUACAUGGCUAUCUCGGACGAGAGGCAGAGGAUCAUGCCAAUGCCGGUGGACCGAGAGACAGGCAAGGUGCUUGACUACAAAGAAGCUGUUCUUUUAACAAAUCCAACUAAUACAGAUCUAACAGGAGAGGUGGAUGACAAAUACUUCUAUGCAAAUGAUAACAAAGAUGAUAGAGUUCAUGGAUGGGUAGGUGCUGAUCCUCCUGUAGGAUUUUGGAUGAUAAUUCCGAGUGAUGAAUUUCGUACUGGAGGACCUUACAAACAAGAUCUCACUACACAUGUUGGUCCAACUGUACUUUCUGUAUUUGUAAGUAGACAUUAUGCUGGUGACGAUCUUGUGAUCAAAUUUCAACAAGGAGAGCCAUGGAAAAAAGUUAUUGGCCCUGUAUUUCUAUAUCUCAACUCAAAUGCUUCUGCUAUGGACGAUCCCACGGUACUCUGGGACGAUGCAAAGAAAAGGAUGAAUCAAGAAGUUGCAAGCUGGCCCUAUGAUUUUCCAGUUUCAGAAGACUACAUCAAAUCUAAUCAAAGAGGAACUGUUACCGGCCAACUUUUUGUUAAUGACAGCACUACUACUUUAGUACCAGCAUCCAACAGUUAUAUAGGGUUAGCACCACCAGGAGAUGUUGGAUCUUGGCAAAGAGAAAACAAAGGAUAUCAAUUUUGGACAAAAGCAGAUGCUUGUGGGAAUUUCGCCAUAGAAAAUGUCAUACCCGGUACAUAUAACUUGUAUGCAACCGUCCCUGGAACUAUUGGCGAUUACAUAUACACUUCUGAUGUAGAAGUAACUCCAGGUUGUACUAUUGAAAUAGGGAGUUUGGUUUAUAAUCCUCCAAGAAAUGGAGCAACACUUUGGGAAAUCGGUGUACCAGAUCGCACUGCUGCUGAGUUCUUCAUUCCAACUCCACCUACACAGUUUAACGCUCAUGUAUACCAAAACAAUUCUGAAUCAAUAUUUAGACAAUAUGGUUUGUGGGAACAAUAUAGUGUUUUGUAUCCUGAAAAUGAUCUCGUCUACAAUGUUGGCACUAGCAAUUAUUCAAAAGACUGGUUUUUUGCUCAUGUUACUAGGAACAUAGGGAACAAGACCUAUGAAGCUACCACAUGGAAAAUCAUAUUUAACCUCGAAUGUGUUGUAGAUAGCGCGGCUAAUUACACUCUCCAAUUGGCUCUCGCAGCAGCUCAGGGCGCUAAACUACAAGUUCGUUUCAACGAUGAAAAAGUUGUAGAUCCUCAUUUUACAACAGGGAAAAUAGGUGGAGAUAAUGCAAUUGCAAGACAUGGUAUUCAUGGAUUAUAUUGGCUUCACAACAUUAUAGUAUGUGGCAAUUUACUCUUAAAUGGAACAAACACAAUAUUUCUUACACAAGCAAUAGCUACUAACCCUUUUCAAGGUGUAAUGUAUGAUUAUAUUCGUUUUGAAGGACCCCAUCAAUGAUAAAUUGGUCAUUCAACGAUAACAUAGUUUCACAAGUGGGGUCUGGGGAACGAUAAGAUGGUCAUUUUUUCUGUAUACGUACACUGACAAUGUAAAGAUUCGUUUACCAAGUUAUGAUUGAUGUUUAUCA